AUGGCUGCGCAGUCCAACGAAGCGGACUUCAAUGCUGCGAAGCAAUUUCUGGACGUGCUUACAGUCCUACGUCCACCGGUUCAGACUUGCUCGACCUCCUGGAAGCUCCUUGGUAUUCUUUCUGGUCCCACGUCAAUCGCCUUCCUCUUCUACCGCCUCUCGCAAACCUGGCCAGACAAGUUGUUCAAGGGGCAGUCGCUCCUGGACUGGGCAGAAGCAUACUUAGCCCUCGGAGAACGCUACACGUCCACACCAAGGCCAAAGAAUUCCCAGACCUACCACGGUACAAUAAACUGCGGUACAAUGAACGAAUACUACAGCCAACUUGCCCUUCGCUCCCUCAUCUACGACGACGACAGCCUUGCUCGAGCGCUCGCCGACGAGUCAAGCGCGGUCAAUGCUGACGACCACUCUUCCGAAAUUUGCACCAAUUGGUCCAUAGGCCGAAUAGGCUACAUCUAUCUUCUUCGAUUCGUUGCUUUUCACAAAUUUCGAGCUCCAGAAAGUGACAAAGGUGAACUAGUUCGAAAACUCCUGGAUGCGAUCACCAAGACCGAGGAAGCCAUUAAGAAGAAAGUGCCGGACUACACCAAGCGCACUAUGCUAAGCGAUCUCAGUGAGCACUAUGACAGGGUCGUCCUGAACCACCUCGACUGGGAGGUCUUUGGCUUCCGGGAAAGAGUCACAGAUCAGAUGCUGUGCUGCGGACCAUCUGACGAGGACAUUUCAUCGCUGUACUUCCAGUUCGAGAGUAGUUGUCUGCGUUUAGUUCAAGAGGCCUCUGGUAUGUAA